GCAUAAGUUCCAGUUUCAAAAAUCGUCCGCCGAUAUUCUUUGUAAACAUAUUGAUAACAUAUCUAUCCGUUAUCAAGAAUUUGCCUUAUCUAGCGAUUCACUUUUAAUAAAAACGCUGUAUUGUUACCGCUUAUGCACAAAGUAGUAUCACAAUACUGUUAAACAGUGUAUAUUGUUGUUAAUAGUUAUUUAACUAAAAACAAAAACAGAAUUACAAAUUAGUGAAAAUUCAGUUUCUAAUCGGUGUUGAAGUUAAAUUGAUUUUCGUGUGAACUAGUGGUGUGAUUAUUUCAGCAAUGGAAAAUAUGGACGAAACUUCUUCAGAUAUCAAGGGGUUUAACUUGAACCCAUCAAAUACGAGCAAUCCUAUCUUUGUACCUGAAGAUGAGGGCCUCAAGUUCGACAAAGAUGCUCUGUACUACAAUAUGAGCGGUGAAAAGUAUCUAAUCAUUCUGAAUCACCAUACCUUCAAGAAGACUAGAUAUUUCAAAAAUCAGCAGCCUAGCACAAGGAAUGGUACGGACAAUGAUGUGAAAAGCUUAAAGACGUUGUUCGGGAACCUCGGCUUUGAAGUCAUCGUGUUCAGAGACUUAGAGUACCCAGAGAUUAUCAAGAAUCUUAAUGCCAUUGCCACAAAAGACCACUCUCGAACCUCGUGCAUGUGUGUCACAAUCCUGAGCCAUGGAGACAAGGGUGGAGAAGUUCACGCAGCUGACAGACCCUACCUCCUCACUGAUGUCUUUACCAUCUUCGAGAAGCAGCCGGGUCUGGUCAACAAACCUAAGCUGUUCUUCGUUCAGGCGUGCAGAGGCGCUAGUAUGGAUGCUGGCAACACUGUGGCGCUGGACGGCGAAGCCUCAUUCACCGUGCCCACGCAUGCUGACUUCCUCGUCUUGCGCUCCUCUGUUGAAGACUACCUCUCCUACCGCGAUGCAAACGGUUCUUGGAUGAUCCAAGCCCUCUGCCACGUCGUUCAGAAACACUACGAAGACCUGGACCUUCUCCACAUGAUUACCCUGGUGAACCGGCAUGUGGCGUACGAGAGGACCACAUACACGCCUUCCAACAGAGCCAUGAAUAACAAGAAACAAAUGCCAGAGACCAGGUUCACGCUGACUAAGCUGCUGAAAUUUUGAGGGAGCUUCGAAGCGUUGGUGCUUCGAUUGUCAAUGUUGUUAAUUAAUUGAAUAAUCCUUAGUAAUAUUGUAAAUGUCAAAGUGACUGUCUGUCUCUUUGUCUCUCAUGUUAAUAAUAGUGGAUCGAUAACACAGAUAAAUAAUAAAGAAAAAGAAAGUAUAUACUUGAUAGGAUACCUUUUAGAAAGGUAGUUCUCUCAGGACGCGGUUAGAACGGCGGGAAACAGCUAGUUUGUAAAAAGUGCUUCUUCUGUUUUUGUGUAUGUGCUAAGAAUGAGUCUUCUCUGUAAAGUAUAAUAAAUGAAGUUAGCAUCAUUAUUGUUUCCUUGUUCAUUUUUAUGCACAUAUAUUAAUGUUAUAAGUGUGAAAGUUGCUCGGUGUGUCUAAUGUAUUACGUCAAAACUACUGAAUUUAAAUUUUUGGUAAGAUAGAUAGCCUGAGAACCGAGUGUGAGAAGUAGUUCCCUAGGCAUACAGUUAAUCCGCUGGAAAUAGCUUGUUAUUAAUAAGUGUUAUUCCUGUAACGUAUAAUAAAUGAACUUUUCAUAAACAUU